CUUUUUCUUUUUCGGGCGGGAGAAUGAUUUUAGAAAUCUAGCGUUACAUUUAAAUUAAAUUAAAUACAUCAGACGAUUUUGUAGUUACACAUAUGCAGGAUAAUAGAAUAAAACAAUAGCAAAUACGUCGAAGCAUUUCUACAAUAAAUGUCUGAACAAUUUAAAAAGUAGUUUAAAACAGCACAAUCAAAAAAUUUUUUAAGGGUAAUCAAUCAACUACAAAAAAGUGGAGAUCACAUCUUUAUAUAACCUCGUUCAAGAAGCAUCCUUCAUUAAGUGUGUCACGUCCUGUCGGUGUGUGUGUGUGUGGGGGGGGGAAACCCAGCAUGCAAAACCUCGCAAAACAUCAUGGCAAUCAAGAGAUUAUUCCUUCUGAUUGAUUACGCACUUCUUUACUUUAAACCAAAAGAAUGUUUUGAGGCGGAGUUAAAGCCACAUAUAUCCAUGAAUCUUUCACGACAGCAGCAAAGCAUAUCCCAAAGCAGGAGCUUCAAGGUUUCAACGUUUGUAUAUAUCGUGUCAUGGCCUCAUGGAAGAUGACUUUCGUUUUUGUAUUUCUGUAUGCUUUCUUGCAGAUAGCUCUACAGUCUACCCCAACAGGCUCGCCUGGGGAUUUGUAUUUUUUGUUGUUGUACACUGUACUACACCCUCGCAGCUGUGGUCUGCUGCUAAGCAGAGACGGGCAGUAAGCAGCCAGAGCUCAGUUGCGUCAUUCGAUUUCGAGCGACAAGAAGUGUUUUUAUUCUGUUCAAAAAAGUUCAGCAGUUACAAGGACUGUAUUUGCCAGCAAUUAUGCCACCAGUCACUCUGGUCAUAAAAACUCCUAGCCUAAAGCUAUCAGAUGUGGUGUACAGCGGUGAAUCAACGAGUAGUGUCAAUCAGCUGAAGAUCUAUCUGCAAAACCAAUAUCCAUCAAAGCCAAAACCAGAAGAGCAAAGGUUGAUUUAUCAAGGUAAACUUUUGCGAGACAAUGAGAUCUUUCAGGACUUCCUGAGAGAUCUUGACCAUGAACAGACACAUACACUACAUUUAGUGUACACAUUAAAACGAACUCCAUCAGCUGAAAACCGUGAACAAGUUGACACAACAAAUGCUGGCAUUUCUAAUGUCGUUGAAGACGGAUUAAGACAUCGUAAUACAGCUAGUGUUGCAGCGCCCUCAACGACCCCAGCAGGGAUGCAACAGCCACAACAAGAAUGGGAUUUAACUAACGGACAAUUCCCUGUAUGGGCCAAUCAAGUUCCAGGAGCUGACCCAGUCACACAGCAACUUCUAUGGUGGCAACAAACGUACGCUCAACAAUAUUGGGCGCAGUACAUGCAUCACAUCAGCAAUGGCCAACAAUAUUUGAGUCCUACCGCUCCUGCUGUUUCUACGCCGGUCGUUUCCCCACCUCCUCCUCCCGCAGCCCCUGCUGAAAUCAACCGACCACAGCAAGAGCAGGCACAGAGACGUCCACCACUGCCCCAAGUUGGCGGUGUUGCCCAAGAGGAUGAUGACGAUGGUGCCAGACAAGCUCGUGAUUGGCUUGAUUGGGUUUAUAUCACUUCGCGGAUGGCUAUACUGCUUGGAGUUAUGUAUUACUACUCAUCAUUGCCUCGCUUCAUGUUAGUUACCCUUAUCGUCGCGGGUAUUUAUUUCUACCAAAAAGCUCUCCAUCAAAGACGAAACGCUGUCGACCGCAAUAGAGAAAUCAUCGCCAAUGCUGCUGCUGCUGCUGCUGAGGUGGCGGCUAAUAGAGAAGUCAUUGAGAACGCUGAGCAAGUGGCUGGUCUUGAUGGAGCUGAAGCAAUACCAAACAAUCCUUUGGGUGCUGAAGUUGAUCCCCGACCGACUAAUACGGCGACGGACAGAGUUCAACCAGCACCUGCCACUCUCAGCGGCUUCAACGUGGCCCUAAACCUGUUGGUCGGUUUUUUCACAUCGCUGAUACCAGAAGUUCCUGCUCCAGAAGCUCUUAAUUAAUUAGUAUAACUAACCGUUACUACCGCACCUUGAAAAAGGAGGAUGUUAAGUACUAAAAACGCAAUUCAGUGUGAAGAGUUGAAAAGUAACUAUUAAAGUCUUUUGAGGUUGUUAUUGGCAUUAGAUAAGGAGCUUAGCAUUUGCCUGUAUGGGAUGUAAAUCUAUGGAAAAUGGCAGUAAGGUGUUCUUGCAUAUUUCAAGACUCUUCACGCGUCCUUUUCUUUCCCAUCGACACUGAUAGGUUACGCAGACCACAAUUUUUGAUUGUAAACAGAAAAGCCCUUAUUUCCUUCAUUUGAUAUGUUUGUUUGGUGUGUCUUUCCUGCCGAUUGGCAUAUAUUAGCAAUUCAACGCUUUAACCCUUUUGAGUUACUGAUGUACAUAAUUUGUUUAGGACCAUGUACGUGAAUAAACGUUAAGUCAAGACCGA